AUGCAACCUUGUUGUUCAUGCGUUGAUAACAGUCAAGGGCUUGAUGACCACGUUUAUUGCAUAUUUGGCAAGGAACGCGAUGAAGAGGGGCAAGGCAUUCAAAAGGCAAUGGUGUGGGAAGUAGUGGAACCGAGAAACUACCAUGACCAGGAGAAGGACAUGAACCACCACAAAGACCAGAAUUGA